UCCGGAAAACUUCCGGAACUUCUCCCGGAACAUUGGCCGCGAGAGCAAAACAUCAACAUUACCAACUUUUCAGAUGCUGAACACAUGGUCAUCACUGCGAUCGACAUUAUUGAAAUCAAUUAAAGUUUUCUCCCCAAUAAUUUCCUCUGGUUGCCCAUUUCACUGCACAACUCCCACAAUGGCUACAACGGACAACAAAUUUAGUCUACCAGAAAGAUACAAGGGAACGGAAUACAGUGUCUGGGUGGAGUAUAUUCAACUGGCUAUUGAGCAUAAGCCUGAUUGUAACCUAGGCCAAGGUUUUCCUGAUUUUCCAGCUCCUCCCGAGUACCUGCCGAAAUACAUUGCCGAAGUAACUGAAUCCAACCACCUCAUGAAUCAAUACACAAGAGGCUUUGGUCAUCCUCGUUUGGUCAACGCCAUCGCUGAUCUGUACAGCAAGCUGAUCGGAAGGAAACUAGAUCCACUAUCCGAGAUCCUGGUGACAAUUG